CUGAUCAUUUAUCAAAGACUGAAAAUUUCAGUGAUAGGCGACGAACGUGAAUGUGCCAGUAACAUCUGCUUGAAUGGUGGUACUUGUCUGAUCGAGGAAUUAAGCAGGAGGUUCCUAUGUCGGUGUCCGCCAGGACUUUCAGGGUCAUUGUGUCAGGAAACGUGUAAUCUUGAAUGCGCAAACGGUGUGUGCGUGAAAGGAGCCCUUGGAAACGAGCAGUGUCAAUGUGCGCAAGGUACAGUAUUUACUACCUUUCUAAUGUUCUUAAGAUGUAUUGAAAAUGAACGUGGCUUAAAAAUCUGUACUGGAGAUCAAUGUAAGUUGCGGCCGUGUAAGAACAAUGCCACUUGUGUUCUGGAUAAUGACUCUUUUCGUUGUAUAUGCCCUGUUGGAUUCGCCGGUAAAUUAUGUGGUUCUGAUGUGAACGAAUGUGAGUUGAUGCCAUGUCAAAAUGGUGGUACGUGUAUCAAUAUGGAGGGUUCAUUUGAGUGUCUCUGUGAAAACGGAUUUAGUGGUAAGGAAAAAUCAAUGGAAAAUAAGAAACUCGGUACAUGUGCAAUGAAUCCAUGCCGUAAUCAAGGCACGUGUGUUGACACUAAAAACGGCUUCCAUUGUGCUUGUCCAUCCGGAUUCGAAGGCAAGAUAUGUCAAUAUAAGAAGACGCCUUCGAUAUGUAAAUGUCCUAGUCCUAUGCAUGAAUGUUUGCUACUGAAUGGUAGUCAAACAUUUUGCAAUAAAACCUCCGAUUUUCAGGGUCCAAGAUGUAAUGAAAGUUUGGCGAUCGGUUGUGACACACACCCUUGUCGGAACGGCGGAAUAUGUCAAAACGUCCCUAAUGGAUUUCGAUGUUAUUGCUCACCAGAGUUUGGGGGGGAAACAUGUGAAGAGAUAAUGAAAUGCCUUGUUGAUGGCGAUCCAUGUUUGAAUGAAGGUCGCUGUGUUCGCGGAUUGUCAGAUAAUCACUGUGAAUGUGCCUCAAAUUUCACCGGUCGUCACUGUGAGCGGAGUACAGUGAUACCUUCAUCAGGACCCUGCAGUUCAAAUCCUUGUUUAAAUGGAGGGAUUUGUCAUGCCGAUGGAAUCGUUGCAACAUGUGAGUGUCAGCUAGGAUUUGGUGGUGUUAACUGUUCUAAUCACGAGACUGCUUCUUGUAUUCCAAAUCCAUGUGAAAACGACGGCGUCUGCCAAUCUGUAGGAGGUAAGCUGUCCGUUAGAGCUUUAAUAUUAGAUAUGUUUACUAGUGCAACUACGAGUAUUUCAUGCACUGAGUGCGUUCACUCAGACAAAUGUGUUGAGUCGUCAUCGGGGUCGUCACUAUGCAUCUGUCAACGAGGAUAUCAAGGACCUCGAUGCGACCAGCGUGGCGACCCAUGUGACUCUACCACAUGUUCUCGGCCACUUAUGUGUCAACCACACAUCUCGUUCGGUGAAGUUCGAACCACAUGUGUUUGUCCUGUUGGACGGAGUGGAACCAAGUGUCAGCUGUCAACUUCCGUGUCAUUUGAUAAAAAUAGUUUAUUUAUUCAUCAAAGUCCAAACGUUAUGAUAGGAACGACUUUCUCUUCUUCUGUCCAUUUGCCAUUUACUAUCACAUUUGCCAUGCGAACAACUGUACCAUCAGUUCAUAUAGUAUCCGGCGAGAAUAUUUUUGGACAAAAGUUAUUCUCGGUUGCUUUGGAUGAGGGUCAAUUCGUAAUGACAUUUCAAGGAACAAAGUACAACAAAUUGAUUCCAUUUGCUAUUAAUGAUGGUACAUGGUACACUGUACGGUUGGAGAAAAGUGAAAUGGGUGUAAUUAUUUCCGUAGUAAACGAGGAAGGAUAUCAAUUGAUAUUGCAUUCUCUUCCUUUUACCACGCUUUUUGAUGUUUUUGCGACGCGAUUCGGAAAAGUCUCAGAAUCCGAGUACUUGGUUGGAUGUAUCGCGGAUGUGAACAUUGGUGGUAGUGUUAUUGACCUUGCAAGUUCCAGUCGUAGCACCGGCAUCACGUACGGUUCGUUUUUUCAUAUAAUAACGUGUUACAUUUCACAAUGUUCAAGAAAUCCAUGUAUGAACGGAGGACAUUGCGUGGACCUGUGGACACAUGCUUCAUGCUUAUGUGCACCUCCAUUUCUUCCUCCGCACUGCAGGAAUUCACUUCCUCCGAGCACAUUUGGCCAUAAUAAUCAGACAUCAUUUGUCGAAAUAGUGUGCGCCUACUUUCUUAGUUUACAUACUUUAUAUGCAGGAUCACUCCAAGACAUUAGAAUAAAUGGGAAGUCUGUCGUUUUGCACAAGCCAUCGAAUUUCGCUGUCGAUCAAUUCGGUUCAGUUGGGUAUCUGGAAAAUAUUUUGGAGGGAUCUAUUUCCGACGACAUUUGUGGCAUUUCUGAGCAAUGUGUCCAUGGUACAUGUCAUAACACAUUCAACGACUUCGACUGUAAUUGCAAAAACGGAUUUUACGGCAAACGAUGUGAACGUAAAGAUCACUGCUUUAAUUCUCCUUGUCCAGAGAAUGGUGAAUGUAAGAACGUUGGUGACGGUUAUAUCUGUAAGUUUUUUCGUUGGUCUACUGAAAUCCAUUUUUUCAGCCUUAGUUUGAUGGCGUUUGAAAUGUCUGGACCAGUGGAAACCACGGCAAGCUUUAAGUUAACUAUAAGAACCCAUUCACGAACUGGCCACAUUCUGACCAUCGAUUCUAAGAAUGGAACGAUGAAAUUGUCUUUAACAAACGGUCAGCCAUUGUUCACUGGCGAAAAUCCACUUCUUAUUCGGAAAAAUAUAGCCGAUGGUCAAUGGCAUACGAUAGCACUAGAUACAAAUGUUUUUUAUGUGGACUCUGCUAGCUACGGUUGUUAUUUUCGAACUUGUACAACGUGUAAUAAUUUGGUCACAUCAUGCCUAUCGUCACCACAGUGUGGUGAGGCUUCACCAUGCGUCCGUGGAGAAUGUCGUGACCUAUGGAAUGCAUUCGCUUGUGAAUGUCCUCCAGGAUUCGAGGGAGAGUACUGUGAGAUAAACAUUAACGAGUGUUCAAGGACUAACUGUGGAAGAGGAUAUUGUUUCGAUGGAAUCGGGGUUGCACGGUGCUAUUGUGAUCCUGGGUACACUGGACCGGAUUGUGAUGUGGAAUUGGACUUUUGUGCAGAACUACCAUGUAGAAAUGGUGGAUUGUGCGAAAGCUCAAAUGGAAACUUCAUGUGCGAGUGUAGAAAAGGAUGGUCAGGAAAAUUUUGCGAUAUUAAGGUACACUGUGCUAAACAUAUACAUUUGCAUUUUUGGGGAAGGGAACACCCGACUCGGGUGUCGUUCACUCAUUUCCAGUGUAAAUGCUUAUGCAUGGCUGGAUUUGUUGGUGAGUUCUGCGAGGAGAAAAUAGAUCCAUGUAGGAAUAAACCAUGUAUUCAUGGAUACUGUGAAUCGGAUUCGGAUGGAUUUAGCUGUAAGUGUGACGAAGGUUACUUUGGUAAGACCUGUUCUUCUAUUACCGACUUGUGCACUUCGUCGUCAUGUAAUGCUCGAGGACGUUGUACGCCUGUAUGGAAUGCAACCAUGUGCACGUGUGACAAACGUUGGAGAGGUCGAGAGUGCAAUCAACUGAUUGAUGAAUGCAUGACUAUACCGUGUGAAAACGAUGGCAUUUGUGAGACAACAGCAGAAGGAUUCCAGUGUCAUUGUAGAAAAUAUUACUUAGGUUAUCGUUGCGAGGUGCUCGGCUCGUGCCUCAAACAACCUUGUGAACGAGGUGAAUGCAUCCAGCUGUCAGAGCAAACACAUUCCUGCAGCUGCCCAACAGGUUAUGAAGGAGAAAGAUGCGAGGUACGGAUAGAUUAUUGCAUUAAAAAUCCGUGUCUGAAUGGAGGAUUAUGCGAAUCACUUAUUGGUCAAUAUAAAUGUCAUUGUAUAACUGGUUUUACAGGUGUAGAUUGUGAGACCGACAUUGAUGAAUGUCAGCUGGGAUUCUGCUCGAAUGGUGCGAUAUGUCGUGAUCGUGUCGCCGAUUAUGACUGCAUUUGUGAUGGCACUGGAUUUACGGGAAAAAAUUGUACGAUAGAUAUCAAUGAAUGCACCGUUGCCUCGAAUUGCGUGAACGGUCAAUGUACGAAUACGCAGGGUGGUUAUAGAUGCGACUGUGAGAAUGGUUUUAUCGGCUCACGUUGUACGGUAAGGGAUCCAUGUUGGCCUGAUGCAUUUAAUCGAACCACGCAUACAUGUGUGCAUGGUGUUUGUAUAAAUCCAUCGGUCAUGAAAGACAGUGCUGGUCGGGAGACUUCUGUGCACGAAUGCAAGUGUCAUUGGGGAUAUACUGGCCCACAGUGCAUUACGCAGCGAAAGAUGCUGGCACUAAGCUAUAUACUUGGGCCGAUGGCAGCUGUACUAACUGUACUUGCCAUACUUGGUUGUGUCCUGUUGGUGUUUGUCUUUCGAGGCAAACGUGCGCUUCAUGGACACUAUAGUCCUAGUUAUCAAGAACAAAAUGGUACUCGACUUCAGAUGAACUCCUUGGUUAAGCUACCACCCGAAGAACGAUUAAUAUAA